UGCGGUCCCUCCACUGUGGAAGAAGUUGUGUGUAAUUGCAGCCAUGCCGUUCUAUUGACACGGACAAGUUGGCGGGAGCAGGUCGCUGGGUGAUAUUAAUGCGCCGCCGAUUGGCAGCAGAUGGGUGAGAUGGCCAUCGCCCACGUGGCCACGGAGUACGUGUUCAGCGAUUUCCUGGUGAAGGACCCGAACCAGGCCCCGUACCGGAACGUCCGGACGGAGCUGGCGUUGGACAAGAUGGUGACGUGCGUGGCGGUGGGGCUUCCCCUCCUCCUCAUCUCUCUGGCCUUCGCUCAAGAGGUUUCGGUUGGUACCCAAAUGAGCUGUUUCGCUCCGAGCAACUUCUCCUGGAGGCAGGCCAUGUAUGUGGACUCCUACUGCUGGGCGUCCGUACACACACACUCUCUACCUCUGUGGCUGCACAAGUUUUUCCCCUACAUUUUGCUGCUGGUGUCGGUGCUGAUGUACACGCCAGCAUUGUUCUGGAGGUUUUCUGCGGCGCCCCUCCUGCAGUCGGACCUGGGCUUCAUCAUGGAGGAGCUGGACCGGUGCUACAACCGCGCUGUCACUCUGGCCAAACGCAUGGCCACGUCAGGACUGCUCACCCCAGACAGCGACCUCACCGAUGGCUGUUUCAAUUACCCGCUGGUGGAGAAGUUUCUGAUGACCAAGCGUUGCUCGCGGUCGAUGCUGUUGCACUACCUGCUGUGCCGCGGCCUGACUCUCGUCACCCUGCUGUGUGCCUGCGUCUACCUGGGCUACUACCUCCGUCUGGCCUCGGUCACCGACGAUUUUGGCUGCGAGCUGCGCGUCGGCCUGCUCGCCUCCGACCCGGGCGUCCCCGAAAAGGUGCAGUGCAAGCUCAUCGCCGUGGGAGUCUUCUCUUUGCUGAGCCUCGUCAACCUGGUCCUGUUCAUUGCGCUGAUUCCCGCGGUGAUCUAUGCCGGCGCCCGUCCCCUAUUCUGCACCAGACACACCGGCUUCCUGGAAACCUACCAAUCGCUGCCCACCGUGAGCGUCCUGCCCAACCCCGCGAACCAAUGGGACGAUCUCUCUCUAUAUCUGCUCUUCCUGGAGGAGAACAUCAGCGAACUGAAGUCCUACAAAUACAUCAAGGUGUUGGAGUUGUUGAAGAGACAAGGCGAAUGCUGCGGCGAGGACUUUGAUUCCAUGGGUCUGCUGCAGUCGCUCUGCCUGGUGAAGAUGGACAGCGUGGACGGGAGGAAACCCGCCCGUGCUGCAGUGAAACCGGAGGAAGUGAAGAUGAAUUUGGCGGACUCCGCCGGCAGCAGCACUGCCGCUGAGAACACCUGCAGUCAUCCGAACUCGGCUGAAGGAAACAAAGCCGGCAGAAUGGAAGAAGAGCUGAACGAGUUUAUUCCGCUGCUUGACACCGACGUAACGGUCAGUGAGGCCCUCAGGCACCGAGCGGUGUGACCGGCUGUCCUGAGGGGAAUGACAUCGCCACCAUCCCAUAGUGCAUUCACAACUCACGGCCUUCCCUUCCUGAGGGAGGGACUCGCACAACGGGAGGCAACGGCAUCAUGGAAGAGGAUGGAGGCGAUUUGAGUCCUUUUCUUUGAAUGAUGCGCAUGUUCUUUUUUUUGAGUGGUUUAAGAGUCAGACGAUACACUCUGGAAGAUAACUCGUUUUGGUAGAGAUUUAGGGAAUCGUUGACCGUUUACCUGCACACUAAUAUUACACUAUUAACAUAUUGUGUGCAUGUAAACGUGGUUGUCGAACUUGUAAAACCAUGAUGGACGAAUCCAAAUGUAUUUUUUAGUAAUAGGUUCAAACACUUCAGUGCCAAAAUGCAAACAAAGAUGCAGCAGAUGUUCUGCCCGAUGACUUAUGGGAAACAUGAUGUCCUCAGACUGACGUAUAGUAAAGAAGAGCAUUCUUGAAUCAUAUUUGGCAUGAAUAUGAGUUUGUUUUUUAGUUCUCUUUAAUUUUCUUGUUCUUUAAGCUGAUCGCACACUGGAUAUGUUCUCUGACUAUUUAAAGUUAAAGCAGUUAAGUGGUUAUGCAGUAACGGUAGUUUAAGGCUUUUAAAUGAUGAGGGUUUUAACCGCUUUUAAUUAUUUUGAAUGCUAUGAUCAAUUUUGACUUUAAAUUCAAGUUACGGUUAAAAUUGUAGUCAUGUGGUUUUCCUCAAUGUAUUUUUUUGCACUUGUCAUUAUGGGAGAAUGUACUUUUAUUGAGAUUUAUCAUUUCAAAGUUGUUACGGGGAAUACCACUUGAUGAGGAAGUCAUUAUUCAUCCUUCUGUCUGGGAAAUGAUACGACGAGGCGGCUGAAACCUAAACCUGUGCUCAGAUAUAUCAGCUUUAGGGUUUGGGUUUAGUUCUCUGGUCCAUUUUCCGAGGAUCGUUCUCAGUUUCUGCAGUCGUUAUCUAUAUACAGUGUUUACAAAUGCAGGAUACUUUUUUUGAAUUUGACAGACCCCUCCCCCAACAACAACAAAUAUGGUACACUGUGUUAUUGCCCUAAUGUUUAACAAGUUAAUAUUUUUUUAAUAAAAUGACACUGCACAUCCCAGGUCAUAACUCUGCUUUAGGUGGAAUAAUUUUCAAGAGGUAGUGCUUGUUUGGGACUCUCAGGGAUAAUAACAUCUCACGACAUCAGUGUCAGCGUUUACGUCUUGUUCCAUCGAGUGGAUCAUUUGAACACAUCGGCAUGAAAUGACUGGUUAGAUCUCCUCUUGACUCGACAUUGGUGUGUGUUUAAGAACUGUUCUGCCGGUCUUGCCAUGUAAAUGUUGGCGUCCCAUUUCUGCAGUGGGGCACUUUGUUAAUGUAAAGUCUUUGAAGAAGCUGA